GCCACCACGAGAACACUGCCAGAGAGAAUACACCGCAACCGGCCUAUACAUACGGACGUCGCAUGACGCCUCCUACCACAGCACUUGCCUCGUUACGAUCACUUGUCACUGAGCAGCAGAGCAUCUGACAACCAGGCCGUCCAGGUGGCCACCAGCGUCACAUGCACUAGAGGCGGCUGUGCAGGCAAGGCAGGCAUCGCUUCACGACCAACCUGUUUGCUAACGACGCGCAUCCACGCAGAGGCCGCCGCUCGCUGGGAUUCCCUGGCCUCUCUUGGCGAUCCCACUGCUGGGAAUGAAACGACAAAGUAUUUGACCCUGCCGCGUUUCCACCAACACCACCACACCCACACCCACUGGGCCAGCAUCAGUGGCCGCCGCCCCAAAACACCGCCAGAAUGCCAAAAUGGGACAAGACUCGCAACUACUAUGCGGACCUCGAGCUGUCUCCCACUGCUUCGGCAGACGACAUCAAGAAGCAGUACCGCAAGCUGGCGAUGAAAUGGCAUCCCGACCGAAACCCGGGCCGAGAGGCCGAGGUCAGCCCUCGCUUCCAGCUUAUCCAGUCCGCCCACGAGAUAUUGUCCGACGAAUCCCAGAAGCGCCAAUAUGACGAGGCUCGCGGCUCGGUCAAGGGCCGAUACACGGGCGCCUCCGGUGUCAGGGGAAAUCCAUGGGCGAACGCGGGAGAGGGCUUUGCGCCUCCUCCGCGCCGUCAAGCGCAGCAGUCAUCGAGUACACAGGCGCGGCCGCCGCCUUCGUCAGGAGCUCAGCGCUACGCAAACUUCACUAACGGCAUGCCAAAGACCUCCCGUCCAAAUCCCGAAGACGAUGUGCAGUGGCGUAGGAGCACGGCAUCUGCAUUUGAGAGCAUGCGAAAGGGGCGGUCCAGAGCACCACCCCCACCCCCAACACCUCCACGAGCCCCGACAUCUGCCGAGCAAGAUCCGAGAACUCCAGGCUCAGCUGCAAGGCCACCGCCGCCCCCGCCGCCUCCAAGAACAGCAUCUCAGGCACAAAAGGCACAAGCUUCGUUCGGGAACAGUACAAGGAGGACAGGGUUCCACCCGCAUGCUCCAGGUGUCGGUGAUGAACCACCCGUCACGAGCAAGAACUACUACACCGACAGAUCGCACUCACAAUUCUAUGAUGUGACUCCUCCAGAGCCGACCGAGAUCCCGAAUGCGUCGCAAACAUCGUCCGGGAUUCCUGAUCCCUUAGCGCAAUUCCGAGAGACCGGCGCCGACAGGCGAUCAAGCACGCCGUACACUACCGGGGGUGGUGAGAAGACAAGUCUAUUCGAUUCCGGCCCUGGGCUAGGCAGAACAACCAGCACGCGAAAUGCUAUACCCCGUAAAGAAGUUCCAAACAACAGCCGGCCUCCAAGACCAAGGAGCUCGAGCCCGAGCAAAUCGGGAGGCGAUGCUUCUACGCGCCCAGACUUUGCCAGUCCAUCCCACUCACGUGCCAGUGAGCGCUAUACGCCCCGGCCAGAGACAGCACGAAAUCGACCCUUCUUUGAUGAUGAUGAUGAUGCAUCGCCUACCAGAGAGGCCUCUGCCAAACAUGCCACCACCACCACAUCGACAUCGCAGGGCCAACAAGCCUCGUCAGUAUUCGGAACCAGUGAUGGCGCCGGUCGAAACCAGUCCGACCCGGCCAUGGCCACAAAGGCUAGCGCUGACAAUAUCAACAUGAGCUUUGUACCUCAAGAAGGCAAUGGCAGCUGGCAGUUCACGGCAGGAGGAGGAGCUGACGAGGCGCCCUCGCCGCCCAAGCCGAGAUCACACUCGGCAGGUCGUCCGGUCCGUCGAGCUACCGGUAGUAGGGGCGCGAAACAGCAGGCGACGGCUAAUUCCUCCCCUCGGGACUCACCGCAGCCCCAGCAGCCAGACGGCUUCUCCGCCGGCGAGUGGAGUGAAAAGAUCAGCUCCCAGCAUUUUGUGCCCCAGCCGUCCGGCAGUGCAUCAGCCUCACCCACGCGCCGCGGGACUGGCAAAAAGUCCAAGCCAGUGAGGAAAACGACUGGUACCGCCGGACUGGUCGACGAUGACGACAGCGAAGAGUGGCAGGAAAUUCCCAAGCCCGCCUCAAGCGGCUUUGAGAGCCCCAUAGCCAUGGACAUUGACACGCCACCACCGCUUGUCUCAGAGCCGCUGACACAAACACGACCUGACAGUGCCCGCAAGAUACCUGUGGAGCCAAGCAGACCAGACUGGAGGGCAGGUGCUGGUAACGUUCCUGCAGCGUCAGUUUCUUCACCUGCUCAAGAAGAUGCGGUGACGGCUGGCGGGGCCAGUGUAUCGAGCCCAUCUCCAGCAUCGGCAUCCGUCCCUAUCAGCCUCUUUACUCCUCAAAUUGGUGGCUCGGAAGACACUGAGGAGUUCAGAACGACCUUGUCUGACCUGAAACAGACUGAGCCAUUCUUGGAUCCUCCGGCCACAGGAUUGAAGUCGUUUGCCGACCUUCAGUCUACGCUGCCAUUCCAGAGCCGACCUUCCGAGCAUAUUCCGAUCGAUAAGAAAGCAGUUGUACCGUUGGAAUUCCCCACAGCACCCGUGGCGCCGCGUCUUCCACCCACCGUCGCCGUUGCAGGCAUUCGUCCGAACAUGUCGACGUGGAGGAAGUAUGUCUCGGACUUCAACAACUACAUGGAGAAGUGGGAAAUCUUCAAUGGGAAAGUCGUCGAGCACUUCCGGCAACGCCAGGUCAACAUGACGAAGAGACGUGAAAGAUCAGGCACCGGCUGGCUUGAGUCAACCUCGACCGGGUCCGACCCAGUCACCGACUACAUGAACGAGCUGCAUCAGGACUGGGAUGUGCGGCGAAAAUGGACGGACGCCUGUAACGACCACAAGGACCGGGUGCGUGAGUUCUAUGAGUUCCGGGAGCGUAUGAAAUAAAGGUCGAAGGGUUGUCGCACUUGGGACCGGCCGCUUUAAAACGACCGAGCGAAUUGAUAGUUGGCUUGUACAUAUGACGAAGCACGCAAUUCAUUAAUAGACCAGCGCUGUUUGAGAUAUAAUAGGGAAUUAGAAGCAGACGUCGCUGCAACACCUGAAGUGCGCAAUGACUUCGAAAUAGACAGGCUCUUGACCCCGGAUUUCUGGGUCUUUG